CGACAUGUUACGACAGCUCGAAGGCCGGACGCUUGGACUCGCAGCACACUCAACUUGCCCGCUCUCGUCGCUCGCCUCGCGACAGAGCAGGCUCCUCAGGUGCGCGAUACCGACCGCGCACGCUUUCACACCCGUCACACGGCCCACUUCAUUACCCCGGGUCGCUGCGCGGGGGUACGCGACGCCUCCAGGCGGGAGGAGCGGCGGAGGCGGGAUGCCAGGCGGGUUCAACAUGUUCGGGCAGCAGCAACACCAGAAGGGCGAGGCGCUGAAGGAGCACAGCGUCGACCUCACGGAGCUCGCGCGGCAGGGCAAGUUGGACCCGACGAUCGGGCGGGACGAGGAGAUUCGGCGGACGGUGCAGAUUCUGUCGCGCCGGACAAAGUCGAACCCGGUGCUCAUCGGCCCGCCUGGUGUGGGCAAGACGGCUAUUCUGGAGGGGCUGGCCAGUCGGAUAGUCGCGAAGGAGGUGCCCGAGAGUCUCCAAAACAAGCGCGUCCUCUCCAUCGACCUCGCGUCGAUCGUGGCCGGGUCUGGCAUCCGUGGUCAAUUCGAGGAAAAGAUCAAGGCAUUGCUGCGUGACAUUGAAGACGAGGCCGGGAACGUCAUCUGCUUCAUUGACGAGGUGCACAUGCUGUUCAACCUUGGAAAAGCUGAAGGAAGCAUCGAUGCCGGGCAGAUGAUCAAGCCUGCCCUGGCGCGAGGGUUGCAGCUUGUUGGAGCAACGACACCCGACGAGUAUCGUAAAACUAUCGGCAAGGAUACUGCUCUCGAGCGACGCUUCCAGCCCGUAACCAUCGACGAGCCAAGCGUCGAGUCAACGAUCAGCAUUCUUCGAGGGCUGAAGCCGCGGUACGAGGUGCACCACGGUGUCGAGAUCAGCGACGGUGCUCUGGUGACCGCCGCGGUGUACGGCGCACGGUACAUCUCCGACCGGUUCCUGCCGGACAAGGCGAUCGACCUCGUCGACGAGGCGGCGUCGGCGCUGCGGCUCGCGCAGGAGUCGAAGCCGGACGAGCUCGAGGCGCUCGACCGCGACGUCGUGACGCUGCAGAUCGAGCUCGAGUCGCUCAAAAACGAGACGGACGUGUUCAGCGUCGAGCGGCGGAACAAGGUCGAGGACACGCUCGCGAAGAAGCGCGCGGCCGCCGCGCGCCUCGAGGAGGCGUGGAACGCCGAGCGCGCGAGGCUCCAGAGGACGAAGGAGGUCAAGGUGCGCCUCGAGCAGGCGAAGCACAACCUCGAGGUCGCGCAGCGCCAGGGCCGGUACGAGCGCGCGUCGCAGCUGCGGUUUGCGACGAUCCCCGAGCUCGAGAAGCAGCUGCCCAAGGAGUCCGAGCGCGCCGAGGAGGGUACGGAGGGCGGCGGCGGGCUGACGAUGCUUCACGAUAGAGUCACGUCGAGCGACAUCUCGCGGGUCGUGGCGAAGGCGACGGGUAUCCCUGUGCAGAGCCUGCUCAAGGGCGAACGCGAGAAGCUGGUCAAUAUGGAGGACGCGCUGAAGCAGAGGGUCGUUGGCCAAGACCAUGUCGUUGCCGCUGUCAGCGACGCCGUCCGGAUUUCCCGUGCUGGUCUCCAAGCCCCGAAUCGACCUGUGGCGUCGUUCCUGUUCUUGGGUCCGACGGGUGUUGGCAAGACCGAACUCUGCAAGGCUCUUGCGAGCUUCCUGUUCAAUGACGAGCAGCGCGGGCUGAUCAACAUCAACAUGUCCGAGUACCAUGACCGGCACACGAUCUCCCGGCUGAUCGGCGCUGCGCCUGGGUACGUCGGGUUCGAGGAGGGCGGGCAGUUGACGGAGGCGGUGCGGCGGAAGCCGUACGCGGUGGUGCUGCUGGACGAGCUCGAGAAGGCGCACAAGGACGUGGCGAUGAUCCUGCUGCAGAUCCUGGACGAGGGCAAGAUCACGGACUCGCAGGGGCGCAAGGUCGACUUCCGGAACACGAUCAUCUGCCUGACGAGCAACCUCGGGUCGGACAUCCUCGCGCACCGGACGGCGAGCAACGGCGACGGCGUCGUGACGGCCGACGCGCGCGCGCAGGUGCUCGAGCGCACGGCGGAGUACUUCCCGCCCGAGCUCCUGAACCGGCUCGACUCGAUGCUCGUGUUCAACAAGCUCAGCCGGCCGUCAAUCCUGCAGGUCGUCGACCUCCGGCUUGCGGAUGUUGCGGAGCGGCUGCAGGCGCGCCGGAUCACGAUCGACGUCGACGAGCGCGCGCGCGGGUGGCUCGCGGACCAGGGGUAUUCGGGCGUGUACGGCGCGCGGGCGAUCGCGCGCGUCGUGCGCACGCAAGUGCUCUUCCCGCUCGCGCAGAAGAUGCUCAAGGGCACGAUCCGGGACGGGGACGUCGUCCGCAUUCGGGCAGGCGAUGGUGAUGGCCUGGACAUCCGGGACAACCAUCCACCUGACGCGUCAAUCGGCUCGGUGUCUUCGCCGUCGUCGUUUCCAGAGCUAGAUGAUGCGGCGCGUGCGGAUUGAGGGACGAUGAUCUCAUACACUUAGAGUUUGUGGCCAAAAGUACUCCCCACUCACGAUUGUAUCACUGUAAUAUGUUCAAUAAAUUGGUACAGCCAAACCUUUCU